UUAAACCACGUGACAUUACACGGAAGUGACGCGGGGUGCUCAAAAGAGUUAAGCAAAGCAUCUGGGAGCAAAACAGCAGCUAGCUUAAUUUCAUUUUACCCCAGAAAACCGGAGGAGGAGACUAACAGACGGUCAGAGCAGCUAACACAUCUGUGAAUAGGCAGCCACAAUGAAUCCAGUAUACAGCCCUGCACCAACAGGGGUCCCCUUUACCAACACUAAGGGUAUAGGUUACCCAGCUGGAUUUCCUGUUGGAUAUGCAGCAGCUGCUCCAGCGUACACUCCCAACGUUUACGCAGGAGCAAACGCAGCCUUCCCCAACGGCUAUGCUCCAGGCACUCCUUUCAAAAUGUCCUGCUCUCCCAGCACAGGGACUGUCCCACCAUACUCCUCCUCACCAAACCCCUAUCCUACUGCUGUUUACCCUGUCAGGAGCACUUAUGCCCAACAGAACCCCUAUGCACAGGCACUAAUACCUUCACAACAGCAAGGCCCCUACUAUACACAGCCACUGUAUGCUGCGCCGCCUCAUGUCAUCCAUCACACGACAGUGGUCCAGCCCAAUGGGAUGCCUGCAGCGAUGUAUGCCCCGCCUAUCCCUCCUCCCCGCCCCAACGGUGUUGCCAUGGGGAUGGUAGCCGGCACCACCAUGGCUAUGUCAGCUGGAACUUUGUUGACAACUCCAUCACCAGCACCUGUCGCCCCCCACCAAGUCACGAUGCCCACAUAUCGGCCUCCUGGCACACCCAGCUACAGCUACGUGUCCCCACAGUGGUGAAGAGAGAAAAGCGCCCAGAAGAUGGAGCAAAAGACGAGACUUUGAGUUUGUGCCUCUGACUGACGGCCAUUCCAACAAUUUUUAGUUUUUUCUGCCCUGUUAAAUUUUUUUUUUUUUCCCUCCCAAAAGUCUGAAGCUGCUCCUGCUUGGGUGAUAUUUGAUGUAUUCACUUAUUUUAGCCAGAAGUGUUGUUGGUGGGAAACAAGUUUAGGAAGUUGUUAGAAGUCAUUUGCACCCAUUUAAUAAGAGUGAAUGAGCAGGAACAGUGGUGUGUGUGUGUGUGUGAGUGAGAGAGAAAUUUGGACUCAAACAGAAACCAUUCUGAAUGGUGCCAUACAGUGUAACAUGCUUAGAAUUUAGACAUGUCACUAUAAUCAGUUUACUCUUAGGCAGAUCCGAAGCACUACAUCAUUAAAUCCCUGUUAACCGUGGACAUGUUAGGAUACCACGAUGAUAUUGUUAAACCCCCAUUUGUGAAUAGCACUACUGAAUGAAGGCACUAAGUCCAAACGGUUUGUAAAAGAUAUCUGACCUUUUCAACAUUGCUCGCUGUUUUACCUCAAGUCUCCAGGCUAAAAUCCACCAAUGUCACUGUUUCAGACAUGCUUUUCUAUGUUGCCUCGGUCACCUCAGUUAAACAAUAUGUUUUGUAAAUGUUAUUUUUGUGACUUUGGUUGCUGUUUUGUAUUCUAAAGAAAGACCAAAAAUAAAAACAAA